AGUUGUCGGUCUGACAGUGUGUCGAAUGGUUCUAUCCAUGCGCGUGCGUGUUGUGAAACGAAACGUCACACGCAGCCAACUAAUUUUAUUCUAUCAAGUUUAAUAAAAUUCUUUUGUCCUUAUAAUAUUCCAUAUUUUUGUAGUAUUUAAGAAAGACUUUAAGGAUAUCAUACUAUAUUGUAUACAUUAUUUGAUUAUUUUUAACAAAUAUGGGGUUGUGUAAGUGCUGUCAGAAUUAAACUAUUGUUUUUGUUAGCGCGAUAGAGGAAGGUGUGUUGAUGUUCAGUUAUUUUUGCUUGAACUUGAUGUGAUUACAACACGUCUAGUGCCAACCAGCUGUGCAGUGACUAAACAUUCUAUUUUUUGUUUUGUUGUUGUGCUGUAUCUGGUUGUAAAACUCGAAGAUGUCCAAGGUGUCGCUAAACAAUGUCCCAUCAAAUCCUCGUAUUAGUCGUCUAAGAACAUAUUCCAGGACUGAAAGCGAAACAUCAUGCGAAGAAGCAGCAAGAUUAACCGCAGAGGGUGCCGCCGCGGAUGAGGAUGACGACGCAUUUGACUACGGCGCCCUGCCUCCACCCCCAGAUGGGGGUUACGGCUGGGUUGUCGUCUUUGCUUCCUUCAUGUGCAACCUGGUGGUGGACGGAAUAGCCUACACCUUUGGAAUAUUCCUCCCAGAGUUGGUCACGUAUUUCGGAGAAGGGAAAGGAAAGGUCGCUUGGGUCGGCAGCUUAUUGUCGGGAGUUUAUCUUGCUGCAGGUCCAAUUGUAUCGGCGCUAUGCAAUAAAUUUGGUUGUCGGGCGGUGUGCAUUGCCGGCUCGUUGAUAGCUACAGUUGCUUUCGUGCUAUCCACAUACAGCAAAAGUGUUACUAUGAUGAUGCUCACUUAUGGACUCCUUGGAGGUAUAGGGUUCGGUAUGAUCUACCUGCCUUCGGUGGUGGCUGUGGGGUACUACUUCGAAACGCGGCGGUCCCUGGCUACUGGUAUCGCUGUAUGCGGAUCCGGAGUGGGCACCUUCAGCUUCGCACCACUUGCUUCACUAUUGCUCAACGAGUUCGGGUCAUGGCAGAAUGCGAAUUUGCUUUUGGCUGGCCUGAUAUUGAACUGCGCCGUAUUCGGCGCGCUGAUGAGGCCUUUGGUUUAUCCAAAGUCCUCUGGUGAAAAACCUUUACUGCAGCGUAUGGCUGAAGAGAAAAGACUGCAAAUGGAACGGGGUUCAAUCGGCGGUUCCUACUUUGUGGUACAACUACCCGACGGUAGCAUGGAGAAAAGACUGAAGGCGCCGCUAAAUGUGGAUCCUGGUGUUCACUCUUCACUGAACCUGGAGGCGCUGGCGCGUGUCCCAACACUGCCCAACAUGACCGGUGUGCCCACUGUCCCUACACUGCCCACCAUCACGGAGGUGCGAGUGGCUGACGACAACGGAAACAACAAGAAGAAGAACGAGAACGGCACAGCCCCUGCAGGUCCCGGCGUUGGUGUUGGUGGAACGCAGAUGUCUCGCAACGUGUCCUCGCCAGCGUUCAGCUCUCAGGCGCCUGGUCUACCCAAGAAUGGAUCCGUGCCAUUCUUCGACCGUCAGCGCAAGCAGAGCACAGGAGAUAGGUCAGCCAAUGAUAGAUUCAAACCGUCCCUGGCUGCAAUUAGAGCCACGUCCAAAACUUCCAUGAGUAGUUAUCGUGCCCCUGAUGGUGACACGGAAAGUAUGAUGACCUCAAAGUUGUCAGUCGCUGGUGGUCGGGAAGGCCCGCGCAUGGUGCGACCCAUGUCGCGAAAGGAUAUCUUCUAUUCCGGCUCCGUGCUCAAUCUGCCUCAGUACCAGAGUCAGAAGUCGCUGCAGGGUUACAGGAAUUCAGUGCUCAGCCUCCCUCAGAGUAGGCAGACGGGUGACUUGGAGAGGCAAGAACAAUACGACCUAUGCCCGUGUUUGGCGCUGCCCACGUCGUUCAAGUCUGCGCUGAGCUCGAUGCUGGACGUGAGCCUGCUUCGUGACCCCGCCUUCAUGCUCAUCGGCGUGUCCAACGUGUUCGGCAUGGCUGGCCUUUAUGUGCCCUUCGUGUACAUCGUCGACGCUGCCAUGCUUAAUGGUGUGGAUCCGUCGCAGGCGUCGUUCCUGCUGUCCAUCAUCGGAAUAACGAACACCAUCGGGCGUAUCGCGUGCGGCUGGGUCGCUGAUUUCCCCUGGAUGGACUCACUUUUGCUCAACAAUUUGUGCCUCGUCGUUGCCACGAUAUCAGUCGCUGCGACACCGUUCUGUUCGUCGUACGCCUGUUACGUAGCUGUGGCUAUUGCCUUUGGUCUGGCGAUUUCCGGUUACAUCUCCCUAACUUCGAUCAUUCUCGUAGACCUGCUAGGUCUGGACAAGUUGACGAAUGCGUUCGGUCUGCUGAUUUUGUUCCGUGGUGCGGCCGCCAUCAUCGGCUCACCGCUAGCUGGUGCCGUCUACGACGCGACCAAAAACUAUGACGCCUCCUUUUACAUGGCAGCUGCUUUCUUUUUAGCGGCUAGCCUUACUUCCUUCGCGUCACCCUUGUUCCGCAGAAAACAAGAGGAGAUCCAACAGCCAUUAGAUGUACUGACGCCCAUCGACGAGGACCUCGAAGAAGGCGAGGAGGAGGAUCCGGACGACACUCCGAUCACCAUGGGCGCCCACCUGGCCUCGCGGCCACCAGCCAUUACUCGCACCGCGGCUUCCCCGUCCGACCCGCCGAGUCCGACCAGCCCCGCUAGUUCCACCAACCCCAACCACAAUAGUCCACCCGAACUGUCGCAGCGGGAGAGCGUGCUGUAAAGAGUAAACGAACCACGUUAGAAGUUACACACCUAGUCAAAUGGUUCAAAAGUUUUUUUUUUUUAAUUUCUUUUAUCUUUAUUGAAAGCCUAAUGUAAUUUUUAUAAUCCAUACAUACUAUAUGUAAUCAGAAUGAAAAAAUCCACGGUUAUUAAAUAACUGAAACGGAUAUAGUUUUUCGAGUAUUGUUCUGCUAGACAAAUGGCAAACGAGUUUAAUAAAAGAUACCUUUCUUUAUCAUAUGCAUAAGAUAGAAAGAGACAGAAAUGAAUGAAUAAAUGAAAGUAAAUUUAUUUCUCUCACAAAAAUAACAUAAUAAAACUUCCAGCAACAUAGGUUACAAUUUAAAACAAUCUUUGUGAGACACUGGUGUUGGUACUAGGAUAACUUGUCUCCCAACUCAAGGACAUUUAUUUUAUUUUAUUUGUUAAAGUAAGAGUAUACAAAUAUAUAUAUGAAUUAGUAAAAUCUAUAUGCUACGUGAAUGUACUAGUAUGAGUGAGAGGGUAAAUGAAAAGUGAGGUUGAAUGCGUGUGUGUGCGUGAUGAAUGACCAGUCUCUUUUUCUUUUUCAUGAGCGCGAAAUCGUAUCUAUCGAUAAAUUCGUGUGCCACUUGUAUAAGGGGACUAGAUUGAUCUAAAAGGCAAGGAAGAAAACAGUCAUGGUAAUAAUAAUUUACAAUGGGACUGGUAAUCCGCAUUACUAACUAUAUCUCUCCCCCCCCCCCCUGUUAGCAAAUAGCUAUGACACUAUCAGAUCAAUUUCCACGUAGCUACACUUGAAUACCACUAUACUUACUUAGUCCAUGGUGAAUUCGUCACGAUGAAUCAACUAACCUGACUUGAUCCUCACCUGUCAUUCUUCAUUAGUACUCUGCUAACAUACACUUGUAGCGCAGACAGGGUUACUGUUCCAUUAAAAAAAUGUUAUGACAUAAGAAUAGUCAAAAGUAUUCCUUUAUUGUACUUAUAUGUAUAGAUAAUUAAAAAAAUAUAUAUUUGUUAGUCAUUAAGCCUGGAUGUAUUGUUUAUGUAUUAUUAAUUUAGGGAUUAAGAUGUAGCUUGACGUGUCUGUAUAUAUUUACAGACUUGAUGUGAACUUCUAACGUGGUUAACCAUUGUCUGUAGACAAGUGUCAUAGUUUCAAAAACGUUAUUCUUUUAGUGGAUUAAAAUGACCCUUAUUUUUAUAUACGUAGAGAACAAGAAUCGUUUACAAACCGCACGAGAGAACGAGACGACGAAACGUAGUAGCUCGUUCUCUCUGCAACUUUUGUAUAAAUGAAAACUAUUUGGAACACUUGACCCUUGCCUAGGAUCUUCGAAUAGUAAAUUUCGAUUAAACCUUUAAAUAGUUGUCAAUAAAUUAAACUAAUUAUACGAUCUCAUUAAAGGCAUUAUUCUAAAGGUUACUCGAAAUAUAUUAGUUCCCAUUUAGGUUCAAUGAAUAAUAAGUGAUAUAUUAAGUAAGAACAAUGUACAGUAACUGGUAUAUAAUAGAUCCAAUGAGAAACAUUUAGGGAUAUGUUACACUAUGAAAUCUAAAAGAUCAUUCCUAUAUUAAUCGUACCAAAUUAUAAAGCUAUGAAAAAAAAAAUUGAUAAUGUAUUUAAAAUUUAUUUUAAUAUCAUGUAAUAACAAAAUAAUUGUUUUAUUAACAUUAUUGUACAAAUAUUUGCUAAAUGGUAUUAAGAACACAUCGAUAUUUUAACAGUUAUACUCGUAAUUUUAAACCAUACUGCCAUUUAACAUUAUUAAAUAUAUAAAUAUUUAAUUAUUCAUUUGGUUCCCUUUCUACUCCAUUUUGUUUAAAUAAACUAUAAUUUAGGAAUGACUUUCGUUUUUAAUCUAUAAUUUGUAUGUAUUAAUUUAUGACUAUAAGACAAAUUAUAAUCCAAAUAUUUUGUGGUGUAAUAUUCCUCUAACCUUGACCAAGUUGAGCUCAUGUUGUGGAGUUACCAUAGUUUACGUGUAUGGACCUGGAAUUGACUGCAAGCAAUAAGCGCAUAUUAAGGUCGCUACGCAUUUUAAAAAAUAAUAAUGAAAUUAUAACUAAGGUUCUUUAUUCCAACGUGCCAUAUAGUUUGUCGUGGUGCUACGGUGAAUAUAAUGUCAAUGUAACGUCACUACAAUUUUAUUAAUACUCAAUGUAGAAAAUGCACUAAACAAAUAAAUUAUCCAAUCACUGCUAGCAAUAAUGAUAGUACUUAUACGCUCUAAGUACUUAAAAUCAUACGAAUUAUUAUGUCGGAUGUUUUAAUUCCAUAUUUGAAAUUGCAUAUUGUAAUUGCAGUUGUAUAUUUUUAGUAAUUGACAAUAAGUUGACACACAGACAAAAAUAUUAUAUUUUACUCAAUUUUAAUAAUGACUCAGUAAUUUCUCGUGAUCAAAGUAAAUGUAUCUGUAAAUAUAUGAAAAGAAAACUGAACACGUGUAAAUAAACAUUUAAUUAGAUAGGAAUGUUUCCAGAUUAUUGACGCCAUCUUAUAUAAGUAUUACUGUCACUAUUUUUCCCUUUCUAAUCACUUUCUAGAAGUUACCGUAUUUCCUUCAUAUGAGGCAAGAUGGAAUUCAGAAGCGAAGUAUCUAAGUUAUAAAAAAUAACAAUGAAAGUGUAAUGUAGUGAAAUAUCUCAGGUGAACGUGUAAUAUUAAAUAUUAUAUUAAUUCCUAAUCGUGUAGAACUAAAUAAUAAUUAUAAACAUACAAUUAUUGUAUACGUUUAUAUAAUGAAAAAAAAAAUUAAAGGAGAUAUAGUUCUCCCGCAUUUAUAAGUUAUAUUGAUAAAUGCCAUUUGCACAGAAAGAAAUAGACUAGUUUCAACUUGAAUCGAUUUUAAAAUCCAAUUGAAUAUAGACCUUGCUGCAUUAAAUAUAAGAUUUAAAUUGAAUAUAAUAUUGCUAUCUCACGAAAAUUAUCCGGGUGACAACUGAAUCUACAAUUGGCGGAUGCGUGAUGGCUCGUAUGACAUUAGCCAAUUAUGAUUGGUUUUUGCGCCAAAAGGAUUUCUAUAUUGUAACUUAUAAACAUUGUAGAACUGUAUUUCUAUAAAAAAAAUGUGUUCGAUUUAUAUAUAUGUAUUGUCUAUUAUAAAAUGUUACUAAUCUAUAUACAUUUUUCAUAAGUGACUGUCAGAAUAAUUUAAGAUAUAAAAAGGGAUAAAAAUGGAACGAUGGAUGAUACAAUGAACUCGUUUUGAUGGUAAUACUGCUUGUAUUUAUAUAUUUCUUAUGGUGGAUCCGCAUCUAUGCACGCGUAUGUAUAUAUCGCAUAUUGAACGGUUAUGGACGCGUCAUUUAACGCUCUUGGUAAUCAUUUGCGGAUGUACCCACAAUUACGUUUUAAACACGUAAACCACAAACUUCGUGCGCGGGCGCAGGUGUAGAUCGCCUUUAGGUAGUGAAUAUAGAAUGUUUGCCUUUUUAAUCUUCCUAGAUAACAAUUUUUGAGCUUGGCUUUUACUGGUAGUGAACUUGUGAGAAACCCUGUAUGUACUGAUUAUACAAGUCAUUGCAGUUUGCAUUAAUUUUAAGCGAUAAAUAUUGUUUUAUUAGAGAUUUUUGUCUCGAUGCGCGUAAAAUAAAUUUUAUAUGUGAAAAUGCGAACGACAAUGACGCCAACCGACACGUCUGUCUUUAUAUUUUGUGCCAUCGCCUAUAAAGAAGUUAAAUCUGUAAAUAUGCGGCUCUAAUUAAUAAGUAAAUAACAGAUAUAAGUAAAUGCAACGCAGUCAAUUUUCUGUGCAUCAUUCUAUACCAAAAACAUGAUGUUUCUUUAUAACGUCGUGAAAACAUAAGCUAUGUACUUGCCAGUUUAUUAAUGUAUAUACCAAUAUAAGAGUAUAGGUACAUAAUAUAUUUUUAAAAUAGAUAUUUUUUUGUCUAUAAAAUGCAUAAUUUAGAUUUAAGCAUUAUUAAGAUAUGUAUAGAAAUGUGAAAUGAAAACAUUAGCUCUAGAACGGUAUUAUGUGAUAAAAUCGUUGAAACAUUUAAUUUUUAACAUUUGUAUUUUAUUAUUGUAUUAAUUAACAAUAUGCCUAUAAUUAAAUUUUAGAUUACGUUCUUAAGAUUUCAUGUAAAGUGGUAUAUACAAAUAAAUAUUAUAAUAAUGUACUAAAGGAUAUUCAGAAAGUUAUGAAUGGAUGUUACUGUUGUUAUAGCUUUAUGUGAAAACCAAACGUGUUAUUGUUUGUAAGAAUUAUUAAAAAGAAAAUUAAGAUAUAAUGAUAAUUGAUUAUAUACAAUUUAAUUGUGUAUUACCGUUUACAUGUAGUUAUAUUAAAUAUAAAAUAACGAGUCAAACAUUUCAUUUAUGAAAUGUCUAAUUCGGUUCUAUUUGAUCAUUGUUACAUUUUAAUUUGAAAUACAUAUGUAUAUAUUGUUUCGACUGAACAAUAUUAAAGAUUAUACCUCUUAUGUUUUGACAUAAUAAAUCCAAUAUUUGUAUAAUUAUGUGUACGUUUCUUAUAUAUUUCAUUCAGUAUUGGCUCAAAGUAUUGUUUACUUUUGUUGUUUAUAAUAACUGUUUGCACAUUGUCGACUAUUCUUAGCCGACUUCGAAAGUGGAGCAGGUUAUUUAAUGUUAUUGAGCAUGGGCUAUGAUUUAGUGAUUUGACAGGUUUUAUCAAAAUCUAUAAUAUUUAUUUUGAAAUUGAUAUUUUGGUAAAAAUAAAUGUACGAAUUUCUAGCGGGCCUAAAUCCUUCUUUAGUAUGUCAUUUUUUUUUUUCUUUGUAAUGUUUUUAAAUAAAAAUUAAAUCUUGGACGUUCCAUGUAAUCUUAAACUAAGCGGAAUUUGAACAAUAAGCACUGAACAUAUGAUAUACUAUAGAAAACCUCUAUUCCCACAAAAUUUUUGUAAGAUUUUCAGCCGAAUUCAUAAAAGUGGAGGUUCUCAAUUUAAUUCCGUCCGUUAAUUUUAAACCGAUUUGGAAAUUAUUUUUUUUUAACUCAAUGGAUAUACUUACGUAGAUUGGUUUAGGACCAUGUUUGGAUGUUUAGGACAUUGUUUUUUUUUUUUUUCAAAAGAAGUAAUUUAGUUUUUAAAUCAAAAUAAUUUUAUUUGUGGAACACAAUCCUAAAUAAAUCCACACCUGUCAUUCAAUUGGCUGAACAAGUGUUUAAUAUAAACAUACAAAUUAAAUCACUAUUCUGCGGUAUUCAAACCUGUAAUCAGCGUUUGUUGAAGCGGUGUAGUUUUUUAACAAAUUCUCAUUAGGAAUAAGAAAUGGCCACAGUUGUACAGAAGAAAUGUACCUAGUGAUUAAUCAGACUUGUGGCUUACUGUGCCAAGUAAAUAAAUUGUUAUAGAAAUAAUAAUGUAAGAAAAUUAUAUUUUUGUGUAAUUAUAAAAAAAAGUUAUUUUAAUAUUUUCUAUAACAAUUUUCUUCAAACUCUCAAUUUACUUGGUUACAGAUAGUGAUUAGGAAGUGACGAUGAAGCCUGUAAAUCUACGUGUUAAAGUAUGUAAGAACUCUGAAAUUGUUUAUUGUUUUUUGUAAUGAAUGGUCGACAAUGUGAGAACAGUUCUUGAGCAAUAUAUAUUGUAUGUUUGAUUUAAGAUUUCUACAAUGAAGCCUGGCGCACAACGCUUGCGCCGUAGGCACAAGCAAGCUUAUUGUUGAAAAGUCCACCGAAAUUCACUUUUGUAAAUAAUCGAUUCAUUAAAUGAUGAUGAAUGACACAA